AUGUCAAAGACAGUAGCUAUAAUACUCUUAGCUGCCUGUUUAGCGACCUUGACAAAUGGCCAAGGCUCUCUGCUCGAGAUGUCCCAAGAACUUUGGUCGAAGCUCCUGUCGGGUGGCUUCUCCAAGGCAGGUAAGCUGGAUCCCCUAAAAGUCCCAGUAAUCAAAGUGGACCAGACAGAAGGGGACACCAGUUACAGGAUCAUUCUGAAGAACGUGGAAAUCACUGGGCUGAACGAAUCCCAAGUAGACAGCAUUCACAUAGCUAAAGGAAGAUUGAGCUCGAACUUGAGCGAGCUAGAAGCUGGCUACGUGAGCUACAGCGAUCUAAGAGAUUUAGAUGCGAUCAGAUACAGGUUCCACACUCUGCUCAAGGAACCAAAGCUUCAGAAUGAGAGCUUCGAGGCUAUAGUUUCCGCUACCAAUCAAGAGAGCAAGUUCACGGCUGCUACGAAGGAACAGGAGCGUCGCUUCGACAGACUGAGAAUGUACGAUCCCUUCUUGAUGAGGAUCCAAGCUGAAAAGAUGGGGGAGCCCGCCGUCGAGGAGCAGAAGGAGCAAAAGGCGUCGCAGGAGUCGAACUACGGAGGUUUCAGCAUGGAGGGCGCCAGGGUUGUCUCCAGGCCGGAGAUCGUUCGGAUGGUCGACACUCCGAGGUAUCCAGCGGACGUUCAGAUGGUGUACGCGUUGCACGCUGCGGCGAACGCCAGGAGCUAUCAGCAAACAGAGAACUAUGAUCGAACCACGCCAGAAUAUAAUGCUGGAUAUCAAGAGAGCAGUCGGUUCAGUGACAGAAGGGAAAGCUUUGGCAGAAAGGCUGAGGAUAGGUACGGAGAUGUCCAAACUGCAGCCUCUGAGAACUUUGAGAGCAGGGUCAAGGGACAGACGAUGCUUCCUGCACCUGCUGCUAGGGAACCUGUGUACCGAGGUGGCUUGGAGAAACAGCCUGGUUAUAUUGACAUCGUUUAUGCCGAUGGAUAUAAUGGCAGCAUGAAGAGAUUUGGCAAUGAGAGGAUUGAAUCUAAGGAUACUAAGGUCUACGGUAUUAGGGAUAUGCCUAAGGAUAUUCUCGCAAGGAAGAAGAUGAUGAACUACAACUGCACAGACGGAGAACCUUUGUCGAAGAGGAACGACGCGAUUAAGGCAGCCAUAGAAUCGAAAAGUUUGAAGGGUUUGAGCAGAUACGCGAGCAACUAUCAGGAGGAGCAAGGGUACUUUGAAGAAGGAAUGCAGUUGAUCUAUCAUUACGGUGGAAUGGACGCCAAUAAUUCUGAGGGCGGCAAGGUUUCAGGAUCGAGAUACAAACGAGCCCAUAAAGAAAACGAGACUGAUGACGACGUGAUGCAUGUUAUAUUGAAAAUACGCGUACCCAAUCUUCGUAUCAAGUCCGACUAUCAGUUGACUGGUAAAGUAGGAAAAGAAUUGGUGAGAGGAAAUGGACGACUCAGUGGCAACUUCACUGAACUGGUGGGAGACUUCACUAUAGAACUGAAGAAGGUUAAGGGGCAAGAUGUGCUGAUCGUGCGGGCAGCUAGAAGCAAACUGAACGCGAAAGACCAAAAAGUCGAUUUCCAGGGAAUGGACGAGAAAGGACCAGUGAAGUCGAUUCUCAGUCAUGGUCUGAUGGCCGCCGAAGCGGUCGCAGCGAUGCUCGCCGACGACCUGGCAUCCAAAGCGCUCAGCGAGAAGUCGGCCGAUGCGAUGAUUUACAGAAUGUACAAGAACCUGCCGGUUAAUUAAUGCCAGAACAGCCAGACAAAUCGAAAUGGACUUUGGAUUUCUUCCUUUAGAAUUGUUGGAAGGAUACGAAUGAUUCUCUGAGAAACUAUUAUCAGGUUGGACAAAAUGUCUUCUAUUUGCAAAUGAAAUUUUAAGAGUAACUUUACCUCGUCGAAUUAAAUUCCAUUGAACUUACUACACAUUUUAUUUGGAAACUUUCCAGUAUUUUUUAUUUUACCUAUAUAUAAUGUUUUUACGUUGUAAUGUAAAUUGUAUAUUGAACAGUGAAUUGGUUGGACCUUUUGGGCAAUCUAAUAAGUAAAUUGUUUCAGUAAUGCUAAAAUGUAAGUCAAUCGAAAUUUCAACGAACACAUUCCUGUAACUUGUGCAAGGAAAUUAGAAAUUGUCAGUUCGUCUACUUUGUAGUUCGAGUGUUAACGCAGAACGUGACUUGUCGCUUAACCGGAUAUGUUUGCAAAACGGAACAUUAACCUGCUCCAACGGGCAUUUGAUUAGAAGUAAUUAAAAUAAUUAGAGGAAUUGCUGAUAAUUUUAUGAAAAAUCGAAGCAGUAUUCAAUGCUAUAGUUUCUCACAAAUUACAUAUAGUCACUGUCCUUAUAUAGUGCGCAAUUCAUCGCACUGUAUAAUCAUACAUCAAACAGAAAGUUAUUACUCUAAUUAUUUUAAUUGAUAUGUAUCUACUAAUACCAUUAACCGACAAUAACUGUACGCUAUUAUUUAUUUACUCGCACAUAUUAUUUAUUGUACACGUUGUGGAUGUUGAGUUGAGAGGAGGCUACGAGCCAUUAAACAGUCAUUAACCGGUCAGUUAAAAUUUAUAACGUACGUAGUGCUAAGUGAGAAUGUUUGUUACAGUCAUACAUGUUUUAUAUUAAGUACGCGAGUAGUUUUAGUUAUUUUAUACAUGAAAAUAUCGAUAUACUUAUACAGAUACCGUUAUAUAGAAAUUAAUUUAUUCAAGUGAUUUAUGUGUUUAAAAAUUCUAUAGGAACAUUUAAGUCGUAGAACUGCAUUUAUCCUUUUAUCUGUUGAUUGAAUAAGAGAAGUUUUCGCGUGGGAGCUGCGGAUUAUACGUUCGGGUCGAAGAUUAAACGAGAAACGCGUCGCUCCGGUUACAGGGGAGCAAUAUGUUGGAUAUAUUCGAUUUACAAACAAGUUUCCACGCGUUACGUGUAGUUUACACCACGCACGCGUCACCAUUCGCGGAACCAGUCGGGAUCCGUCCGAUUUUACAUAAUCGCAUUUGGGAAAUUCAACGAGUUGCACCACCGAUACCAGCGUUAAGCGAUAGGGAAAGUUGAGUAACAGCGGGCUCGAUAUCAAACGCGGAUGAAUUCAGCGAAGCUAGGAGACUCGAGUGAUCCAUUACUGUAGAUUAAUUUAC